UGGACUAGGGACCUGAGAGCUGCGGCUAGAACAGACUUGGAAAGUUGCCGCUUGGGAAAUUGCAAAUUUGGAAAGUUGACACUUGGAACACCCUUGGGAAUUUGCCGUUUGGGAAAAUGCCUUUAAGUGAAAGUAUCUAAAAUUAAAUGCAAUACUUUUCAGGUUGAUUUAAGGUCCUUUGCUACUGUCGACGAAACUUCAUUAGCGAUCCUUUAUUUAUGGUUGAAAGAACUAGUUAUAUACCAGAUUCAUGACAGUACCAUUCAAACCUCUGUCUCAGUAGACAUUUAGAGGUCACUAUUACAGAGAACCGCAAUUGGAAAUUUUGAUUUAAAAAAAAAUGAUAUCUCCACCAUAUAUUUGCCUAAACAAAGGAUUUAGGGUACUGUCGUAAAUCAGGUACGUAGCUUUUCAAAUGGACGGUCCCAUAAAUCUAAAUCGACACUCCUUUAUCAUUGAUUAAAAAUUAUAUUUUAAAAAUGCUGCACUAGGUGGUCGACCAACCUCCAUUCAAGCAUUUGGGACACCCGACCAACCUGUGAUAUUUGUACUAGGAGGCCCUGGUUCAGGAAAAAUUACUCACUGUGAACAUCUUACCAGAGAUUUCCCUGGUUACCUUCAUAUAAACAUGAUGGAAAUUCUUAAUCUAAUUAUGAAAGAAACAGAUAUUCGUGACCCCAUGCUGAUAUCUACAAGUAAGGUGACCGCUACACUCAUGUCUAUUAUUAACAGUCAAGCAACUACCCAAGGAUUUUUAGUGUCAGGAUAUCCUCGAAGCAUGAGAGAUACUAAAGAAUAUCUUGAAACUGUAGGUCGACUAGAUGGAGUGAUAUUACUCAACUGGACAGAGAAAACUCUUCAAACACAGAUCGAGUAUGGAGCUAAAUUCGGUCAAGUUGUUUACGAUGUUGCUAAACUAGAACUUGCUAAUUUUAGACAGCAUGUUCUUCCUGUAGCAGAAUACUUUGAUUAUAAACAUUUGUUAUAUGUGAUUCCUGGCGAGCGAAAACCUGAAAAUGUUUAUACAGAUUUUGUUUCUGUGUUCAAAAAGAUUCUUUCAUCAAAUCAUAAGGCCAAUUAA